GCUGCGGGGGCGCGGGCACACGCCGGACACCCGGUCGCGCGCGGCCGAGUCGCGAGGCGCCCGCUGCAGUGGCCGCGUCUCCGAGCAACAUGGCCGACAGCAAGGCCAAGUCUGCCAAGGCCGCCAACAAGACACCCCCCAAGUCCCCAGGGGACCCCGCAAAGGACAGGGCAGCCAAGAGGCUGUCGCUGGAGUCGGAGGGGGCCGGUGAGGGGGCGGCUGCCGCGGCGCCGGAGCUCAGCGCCCUGGAGGAGGCCUUCCGGCGCUUUGCCGUGCACGGGGACACCAGGGCCACCGGGAGGGAGAUGCACGGCAAGAAUUGGUCGAAGCUGUGCAAGGACUGCCAGGUCAUCGACGGGAGGAACGUGACCGUCACAGACGUGGACAUCGUCUUCAGCAAAAUCAAAGGGAAGUCCUGCCGGACCAUCACGUUCGAGCAGUUCAAGGAGGCGCUGGAAGAGCUCUCCAAGAAGAGAUUCAAAGACAAGAGCAGCGAGGAGGCUGUCCGCGAGGUGCACAGGCUCAUCGAGGGCAAGUCCCCUGUCAUCUCAGGGGUGACGAAAGCCAUCUCGUCACCCACCGUAUCUCGGCUCACAGACACGACCAAGUUCACGGGCUCCCACAAGGAGCGCUUCGACCCGUCGGGCCGGGGCAAGGGCAAGGCAGGCCGUGUGGACCUGGUGGACGAGUCAGGCUACGUGUCGGGGUACAAGCACGCGGGCACCUACGACCAGAAGGUGCAGGGGGGCAAGUAGCCAGCCCAGGAGCGGCCCCUCCCGCCGAGGCCUUCACCACCUCACACUUCAUUACAUUCCUGUGCUCCCCGGUCAGAACUCAGGAGUCUGGGGCCCGGGUGGCUGUGGGGUGACACCCAGGCCUCCCCCUGCCUGGGGGCCGGCGCACUUCUCCCUGACCCCCAGGUGGGGCCCCUGAACUCACGGCCUUUUGUAACUCACCUGCCUCGUCCAGUGCUGGCCAUCAACACGUGGCCUUUUCCAGUGUCUCCCGGGAACAGACCACACUGGCCACCCGGCUUACAGGCCAAAGGGACACUGUCCAGGUGCCGGUGGGCCACGGGGGUGAAUGGGACAGACCCUGUCAGAGGUGGUGCCGACGGCCUGGCCUGCAGACCCCUCCCAGGAGCCUCCAGGGCGGCAAGAGCUAACUCACUAACCGCACCGAGAAUGAAGUGAGCCCAGAACAGGACCGUGCGGGCGUGGGGAGGCGGGACACGUGCUUGUACGUGCACACACGCGCCUGCAAACACACACCCACGUGCUCGCACACCCACGUCGCGUAACCAGGGCUGGUGGGCAAGGGGGGACGGGAGCCGGCGGGAGGCUCCUCAGUGGACCAAAGGCGCGGUUUGGAGUGGGCGCCCGAGGAUGUCAAGACGCAAACUGCAGCAAGGCGACUCGCUCGUUGCGCUUUUCGAGGAAGAAAUAAGAAACGUGUUGAUUCUCAGCACAGCAGGGAAGACCGGGAGUGCCCUGGAGCUGCCCCUCUCCUGCCGUCCACGUCUCCGGGUCGGGGGCCGCUGCGGGCUGAGGCUUCCCGCGCAGGCGCUCUGCUGGCAGGGGCGGGGGUCUUCGGCCCGGGGCCUGCCCCGCACGUGGUGCCCCGGGGCUGCGGGUCCGCGUGGCUGCUCCCUCUUCGCUAGCACCCAGCGCCAGCUGCCGGGACCCCGCCGCCACCGCGAGUUCUCCCUGGCCUCUCCCAACCCUGCAAGGGCUGAAAACCACUCAACAGCCAGGCCAGGGGAGGGCCCGGAGGCCCACAGUGUUGCUGGAAUUUGCUUUCUCCGUGAGGCUAUCGAGGGCAGAGGACUGGGGCUCCUGUCACGGUGGCCCCACAGGGACGUGUCCCUUUGCAUAAGUGCAGCCAAGCCCGCGAGUGACUGGUGGGGCUGUGCGGUCCUGGCACUGGUCCUGGGAAAGGCCGCAGCCGACGGAGGGAGAGGCUUCCGGAGCCCACCUGCCCCACCGCUGUCACAUGCCCGGGGCAGCCAGCUGAAAAGACCAGCACCGUGGCGCCACAGGCACGAUGGUCACUGCUGGAGCUGGAGACGGUCCCCCCGCUCCCAUCCAGCACGGCCCCUCCACCAGGCUCCUUGCGCGUGGGCCUCCCCUCAGACCCCUGGCAGGGCCUCCGCCCGGAGUUGGCAGUGGCCUCGCCAGCAGCUUCCCCCCGGGGAUCAGGGACUUGCCAAAGCUCCGAGUCACUUGUAAAACCCAUCGCACCGCUGUCCACUUUCUGCCCCGGGGAUCCUGAGCUGCCUGGCAAGGCCUCCACGCCGCGGCGGGAAGGCAGGACUGCGUGCGUGCUGGGGGAGGGAGCAGCAGACAGGACACGGGACCCCCACCCUGGGCCCGCCCCCCCCCUCCUCCCCCAGGCUGGACCCUUUUGAGGACCCAGAGGCGAGGAGAGCGUGGGAAAUGCACCUGCAGGCAACUGUGAACGCAACACGGGUUUCUCCACAGCAAGCGUAUCACAAACCAGAAAGCUCCGUGUCCAGAGCCGAAGGGGUUUUCCUUCGUGGUUGUGGAGCAGGCCUCCCCUCCGGGCCCCAUGAGGCACCGAGCUGGGAGCACCGAGCACCAGGGGCGUGGGGCUCCUCCUCCUGCCCAUCAGCAGCCGAGUCCCCACUGUCACAGUUGGUGACGUGGGAAUCCAGCAAGACCUUGGCCCCCACGGUGUGCACACCCCGCGGUGAGCCAAGGGAGGGGGGUCCCCGUGCCGCUGCCUGUAGAGGGAGUGGCUGUCCCCUUGGCCCCUCUCGGCGAGUCAGGUCUCCAGGCAGAGCACCCCGGGAGACUGCGGUCCAAACAAAAGAAGCCACAGAGCUGUCCCCGGGGACCCUGCCACGGUGCCCGCCCCCCAGCGGGAGGCCCCAUUUAUACCAUAAACCAGUGCCGCGGCCUAGCGGUACGCAGCGGCCUGAUGGGAGACCAGUGGCUCACUUCUGACGGACGUUCCCAGGCGCGUUCCUGACUGUUCCAACAGCGCCUUCCCUUUGGGCUUGAGGGAGAACCAAGUGCACACAGCUUCCCCCCACCCCCCGGCACCGUGGCCCGGCUGGCCACACAGGUGCUGGGGUCUCGCCAGCCCCCUGCCCGUCCCGACCCCGGGGCUCCUCAGACAGCACCCUCCCCCAGCAUGGCCCCCCGCCCCAUGUUAGGCAGGAGGGAGAGGCGGGAAAGACUCUGUCCCGAGGCUUCAGGAGUCACCAUUCCAUUGGCUCGAAAUCACCCACGCUGUCCGUCCCUGCACUGCGUGGCCCUGGGGCACAGAACCUGUGCUGGGGCCACACUGCACACACGCACGCGCCCCCGUCGGGGUCUGAGUAGCGAGAACACGCAGGGUGUGUGUCUUUACUGCAUGUUUUUAUGCUUCUACUAACCAUGGCCCCCUAAAAACCCCACGUCCCUCUGUGAAGAAAGGACAGCUCGGAGCAGGACACACGGCACGUUCUGUCCAGGGGACUGGGCGACGUCUCCGUGUCGGGAGGCUCACCACGCCGAGUACUGGCUCGUCGCUGUUGAACGUGCUGGGGCAGGCAACCAGGCGGCGGUCAGUAAGACAGUUAGCUUGGCCCAAAUGCACUUCAAACCACGCACGUUUGGAAUGUUGUAGCAAAAGGUAUAUAUUUAUACUGGAGUAUUUUGACACCUCUACCAUCCUCAGUCCUGAGCUUGAGGCAGAUGAGAUCGGAUCAGAUGCGAGAAGCCAGGGGACAGGGACGUGGAGAAGGUGCGCUGCCCCGGCACCCGGUCUGUGCUGCUCUGCCUGCACGGCCCAUGGCCGGAGCUCAGCACAGGCCACGGGCGCCGCUCAGACCGCUCGGGGGACAGGGGCUGUGGCAAUGGCAGAGGCUGGUGCCCCCUUCCCAGCCCCUGGACUCCCCCGUGCUCAGGCACGGAGUGUGGCUGCUUCUGUGCCACCCCAGGCGGUGGGGAGGAAACCCAACAUCUUCACCAUCUGGCCCUUUAUGGGGAAAGCAUGUGCUGGCCCUGCCCUGGGGACCCAGCCCAGCUCCCCUGUCCUGCAGCCCGCACCACACCGGACCCCCCAUCGUCACCUGUCCCAUGCAGGCCAGGUUGACAAUUCAGCUGUACUGUGAAGUUACCGAUAGAAUAGGAUGUCCUUAAAACACUGACCCUGAUUAGCCCCCCACCUCUGAUUUACUACUGAACACUUGGCGGAACUGGGUGGUUCAGGGUGUGGCCCUUGUCCACAGGCGUGUGAACUGCGUGGCCCCAGGCAGGGCUGGGCAGUGGUCACCCUGACCUUUGAGAUCCUUCCUCUCUCCCUUUAGACUCUUGAAAAACCAAAUCAAGCCAAACAACAAAGGAAACUUGAAAGGGAUCGUAUACUACUAGUUUGUACGAAGUUUUUUUCAGGAAAGGGAAAUGAAUUUAUAUAUAUACGCACUAUAUUUUUACACUGUUUUGUUACCAUUAGGGAGUUCUGAGUGUGUCACUUUAUCAGCGCAAUGGUAAGUAGUGUCCCUGUCGUGGGUGUCCUGACUCAGAAAGGCACGUCCGCGGGCAUCUAAGAGCCGCACUCACCAGGAGUGUCUGUGGCAUCGGGGUGGCCCUCCUCUCCCUCCCCAGAGCGAGGCACGGUGUCACCUGUCAGAGCUGCUGUCAACGCCUGGCUUGCAAACCUUUAGUGAAACAGCUCCUGUCUGUCUGCAUUAUUUCUCCUCCUGUGUUCGCUGCUGUUAACAUUGUGUGUCCAAUCGGUAAAGUGAUGAAUAAAGGUGUUGAAAUGUGGA